CGGCGGGAGGCGGGGCAGCCCCAGGCCGGAACGGCUGGGGCGCCGGGAGCGGGCGGCACCGCUCCAAGAUGGCGGAGUACGUGCAGCUGAUAAAGAGGGCGAUGAAGCACCUCGGCGGCCAUGGGGGCGUACGCGGCGCCAUAUGGCAGCUGCUGAGGGUCAAUGAUUUGAAGACUGGUACACUGGUAGGAACUGACAAAUACGGAAACAGAUACUAUGAAGACAAAAGAAACUUCUUUGGUCGCCACAGAUGGGUCAUCUAUACUGAUGAAAUGAAUGGCAAAAAUACAUUUUGGGAAGUUGAUGGAAGCAUGGUGCCACCCGAAUGGCAUCGCUGGCUUCACUCAAUGACGGAUGACCCUCCAACUACUCAUCCACCAGUUUCUCGGAAAUUUAUCUGGGAGAACCAUAAAUUCAAUCUGAGUGGCACUCCCGGACAGUACGUACCUUACUCCACUACUCGCAAGAAGAUACAAGAGUGGGUCCCACCUACAAUGGCUAGCAAAUAACAGCAAAAAAUGUGACUUGCCUUAGCUUUGGCUUUCAGCAUAAAUUGUAUUUUCACUGGUUUUAUUCAGAAUAAAAGCCUUCUACAACA